AAUUAGAUUUUUUGAUAUCAUCUUCAGUUGGUGGUGGUGGGGGGAAAUGAAAGGUGCCCAUCAGAGUUGUUGUCUGAAAGUUUUGUGAUUGACGUUUUUGGAUAUGUAUGGUUUUUAUAUUCCAAGAUGGCUCUAUCCCUUAUUCUUGUUGUGUUUCUUUCAGCUUCAAAUGAGGUUGGUUGGUUAAGGAUUGAUUGUAUUUUUUGAUUAGGGAGAGGUGGGAUGCUGUUGGAGGGCUUGUGUUUAGGAUUGUGGUUUAAGGUGGCUGUAUUCAGAUGUAAAUGAGGUCAGUGUGAGAGGUGGGGAGUGCAUUUAGAUGGACAGGAGGAGUUGGCUGUGGCGGCGAAAGUCUUCGGAGAAAAGUCCCAGUGGGGAAACGGAGAGCUUGGGGUCAGUGUCAUCGCACUCCGAAAGAUUCUCUGAUGAUCAGAUUCUGUCAAAUCAUAACAUUCAGUCCCCUGAAGUCACAUCUAAAGCUGCACCGGACGAUGAACUUAAUGAUAGCGUGAAGACUCUCUCGGAGAAACUAUCUGCAGCUCUUCUCAAUAUCGGUGCUAAGGAAGACUUGGUUAAGCAACAUGCGAAAGUAGCAGAGGAAGCUGUCUCAGGAUGGGAGACAGCUGAGAACGAAGUCUUGGUCCUAAAAAAACAGAAUGAUUCCCUAACUCAGAAGAAUUCAGCCCUCGAGGAACGUGUUGAUCAUCUCGAUGGAGCCCUUAAGGAGUGUUUGAGACAGCUUAGGCAAGCAAGAGAAGAUCAAGAAGAGAAAAUUUAUGGAGCCCUUGCCAAUAGGAGUAGUGAAUGGGAAUCGAAGAAGUCUGAGCUCGAGAGCCAGCUAUCCGAGCUCCGUGACCAGCUUCGAGAUGCAAAAUCAGAUGCGAGUGUGCUUGCUGAUGUUCGCUCUAAACUUGAAGCCGCAGAGAAAGAGAACUCGAUGCUGAAGAUGAAGCUUCUUUCGAAAGAGGAAGAACUGGAGCUAAGGAUCACCGAGAGUGAUAUGAGUGUUUACACUGCUGAGAAUGCUAGCAAACAGCAUCUUGACAGCAAAAAAAAGGUGGCUAAGCUCGAAGCAGAAUGUCGGAGACUGAAGGCACUGGUUAAGAAAGCAACGCUCGCCAGUGAUCACCAAUCGGUUACCACAUCAUCGGUAUAUGUUGAAUCUUUCACAGACAGUCAAUCGGAUAACGGAGAGAGAGUGCUGUUUAUGGAAAAUGACAGCUGCAGAAUGAGUGGAUUUGAGUCGAUUGAUAAAGAACAAUCUAAGCACGAAAGAGCGCUUGGAAGAAGUCUCAUCGUCCCUUCAGUUGAGAUUGAUCUAAUGGACGAUUUUCUCGAGAUGGAGAGGCUUGCAGCGCUGCCUGAAACGCGUAAUGGGAGAGGACCUGGUUCAGGGAUCGAUGGUGAAGAAAGUCUGUUGAGGAUUGAGCUAGAUGAAAUGACGAAACGCGCAGCUGAACUCGAGGAUAGCUUGAAGAAGAUAACAUCAGAGAAAGUGAAUUUGGAGAUUGCUCUUUACGAAAGCCAAAUUAAGCUCGUGGCAUCGGAGAGUCAGCUGAAGCAAACAGAGGUAACAUUAGAGGACCUGAAAAAACAGCUUGUUCUGGCUGAUGAAGCUAAGAAAGACGCACGCAAACAAGUUGAGUAUUCUAAUGUGAAGCUCGAGAACUCAACGAAACUCUUAGAUGAAGCAGAAGGGAAACUGAUCAAGGUUCAGGAUAAGUUGAGUGAAGUGGAAGAACUGAAGAGCAAACUUGAGUUGCAACUCGAAGAUGCCAAUUUAAAGCAAGCAGAAUCAGAGACAAAACUCAAAGCGAUGGAGCACGAUCUGAAAACCUUGCGUUCGAGCAUUAGUAUGCUAGAAAAAGAAGUUGUGAAAGAAAAGAUUCAUUCAAGGGAAGCUGUUGCUAAGUGUGAGACACUAGAAGCUGAGCUAUCAGGAACAAAGUCCAGCUCUCUGUCACAGAGAUCAGCAAUCAUCGAGGAGUUCAGAGCUAAUCAGGAUAAGGAGUUAGCAGAAGCUGCUGGUCGAUUCGCUGAGUGUCAAAAGACGAUAGCUUCCCUCGGCCGCCAGCUGAAAACUCUCGCGACGUUGGAUGAUUUCUUGAUCGACUCUGAAACAGCAACUGCGGUCGUCUGAGAAAGCAGUUGCGUGUUCCAAGCUCGGUGAGAGCCCUGAGAUCACAUUUUUAAGUGCUCAACCGAUGGUGAGAGGGUAAUCCCGAGCUUCUGCACCGGCUAUGAGAUGUUGAGGCUGCUGCUAUGGAGUGGAGAGCAUUAAUCUGUAGCUUACAAAGGUGUGAAUGAGGCUGCAAAAUUUUCUUCUUGUAUUUUUAGUUCACCAUCGAUUGAUCGUUUAUAAUUGCCAUGAAUAAUUUAAUUAUGUUAUAAAAAUUAUAAUAUGAUAGAAUGAUAGUACAAGGCAAGUAUUCAACUUGUGAUUUUGCCUUCCAUUUUGCAUGGCACCAUUUGUAUAAAAGCUCUAUAUAUCUCAAGGGAAAAAGCUCAAUAAUAAAAUAUGAUAAUUUCAUUUCAAA